AUGUUUCGACGAGCGGUGUGUUUGACGUUGCUAGCGGUUGCGUGGGCCCAUGAUCUCGACGUCGUCUACGAUAAGGGUGUCGUCCCCGAAGCGGCGGCGGCUCAGUUUGUGGCCAUGGACCCAAGCCAGUUUGAGAUUGUGUCGCAAGGACCGGAAUCACGAUUUCUUUGUCAAAUCCCCGAGAUCCCCGUAAUGGAAACUAAAGUCAAUAAAACCAUGGCCCCCGAUUUGCUUCGGCGAGCAGUGGAAGUUGUCCAAAAGUCGUUUCAAAAGGACUCCUGCGUGUUCGAAAUCAACUGGCACAACGCUUACUGGACCUACGGCUACUGCCUAGGCGAUAAAAUCGUCCAGUACAACCAGGAUUUGGAUGCGUGGCACAAGACGGGGGCGUAUAAGGUGGGCGAACAUGAUACCAUAUACACGCUUGGUCGGUUCAAGAACGCCGCCAAGUAUACUGAGGACGCCCUCUAUAACCAGAGCCCCGGAAACUCUCGGUUGGACCCUAAUGAUUUUCACCUUCAUAACUCGCAGUUCCAUCUGUUUGUCGAAUCAGACCACAUCGAUGCCGAUUCCCCUACCUUAUUUAUUGCUCAUCAACUUGAUGACGGAUCCAUUUGUGACCUCACCAAAGAGCCAAGGCUGAUUGAUGUAUUAUAUCAAUGUGGUGAAGGUCGCCACCCGAAGAUUGUCGACUUGGUGGAGGUGCAAAUUUGCCGCUACCAAAUGGUGGUGUCAGUACCGGGUCUUUGUGAGCUCCCCGAGUUUUCACCCAACUCCGAUAAGGAUGCGAUCCCGAUUACAUGCAAAAGAAUCGACUCGCUGGCAUUCUCAGAUAUUAUCAUUUCUGCUGACCAGUUCGAGGAAUUUGCUUACCCCAUCAAGUUUCAAGGGUUCCCACCUCGUGGGACAAAAGUGAAUAUGCAUGACUUUUUUAUCGACUCUAUGGGCCAGGGAUUCUUUUAUGGUUAUGGUCAAGGUCGAGGCAAAUAUGGCCGACGUCAUGUCAUUUUUCACAGUUCACCGGCGGAGACGCUUGAAGGUGACUUCGUUAAUGUUUUCCGCAAAUCAUUGUCAAGAAAGUUACCCCUGCCAGUGCAAUUCAGCUCCCAGCUGGGUCCAGCUUUACUUCCAUUGAAAUGGUCGGAUAAGUUCGUGGUGUGGUACGAGAUCUACAAUAUGGGGGGUGCUUUAGAAGCAGUUGUGAAACUCAGCAACACUGUUGAUGAUGAGGACGUGUCCAGUCAGGAGGACCUUUUCUGGUACCACUGGAUCGAUCCCAAUACCAUGACCGACGGUGAUGGCGAUGCAAUUGAUCCUCCUAAGUUUUCUGCGGGUCAUUACAAUUUUGAGUAUUUUGAUCGACAAGACCGUCAAUGGGGAAACUUCCAGAUAAGGCCUCCAGCUGAGGGCAAAGAGCCAGAGAUUGAUAUUGAUGAUCACUACGACAACAUCGCCGCUGAACUCAAAUUAGACGUGAGUGAUUUGAAGAAAGUAUUGGAAGGAAAUGACUUGCAUUUGGCAAAAAAACCGCGCAAUCAUCCUAACGACAACAAAGACGAAAGGUGGCUGCAAUAUGAUGCUGAUCACCUUGAUGAACUUUUGAGUGAUGCUGGGAUGUAUGAUGAAGACCAUCCUCAUACCAACUAUGAUAGUCGUUUCGCCGAUAGCUUCGAUCCUGCCGAUAUUGAAUAUGUCUACUACGGGUCAGAUGAUGAAAUAAUUAGUGUUGACGAAGACGACAUUGUUGGUGCCAACAAAGAAAUGUAUCAAGACGACGAAGACAGCUGGCUGGAUGAGUACGAUGAAUUGUAA